AUGAUGUUUCUUCUCAAUGUCUCAGAAGUUGAAGUCUCCACUUUUCUGUUGAUUGGGAUCCCAGGGCUUGAGCACAUGCACAUUUGGGUCUCCAUCCCCAUCUGCCUCAUGUACCUCAUGGCCAUCCUAGGCAACUGCACCAUCCUAUUUGUCAUCAGAACAGAGACUUCCCUGCAUAAGCCAAUGUAUUAUUUCCUGUCCAUGCUGGCCCUAUCUGACCUGGGCCUGUCUUUCUCCUCUCUCCCCACUAUGCUGAGAAUCUUUUUGUUCAACACCAUGGGGAUUUCUGCUGAUGCAUGCAUUGCUCAGGAAUUCUUCAUCCAUGGAUUCACAGACAUGGAGUCUUCCGUCCUCCUAAUCAUGUCCUUUGAUCGCUUUGUAGCCAUUUGCAACCCCCUGAGAUAUAGCUCCAUCCUCACCAGCUCCAGAGUUGUGCAAAUUGGGCUGGCAUUUGCUAUUAAAAGCAUUCUCCUGGUGCUUCCCCUUCCUUUUACUUUAAAGAGACUCAGGUACUGUAAUAAACGCCUGCUAUCUCAUUCCUACUGCCUCCACCAGGAUGUCAUGAAGCUGGCCUGCUCUGACAAUAGGGUUAACUUUUACUAUGGUCUGUUUGUUGCACUCUGCAUGAUGUCAGACAGUGUUUUUAUUGCUAUUUCCUAUGUGUUCAUCCUGAAGACUGUGUUGGGUAUUGCAUCCCAUGGGGAACGGCUCAAAGCUCUCAACACCUGCGUCUCCCAUAUCUGUGCUGUGCUCAUCUUCUACGUGCCCAUCAUCACCUUGGCUACCAUGCAUCGCUUUGCUAAGCAUAAAUCCCCUUUAGCUAUGAUUCUGAUAGCAGAUGCAUUCUUGCUGGUACCACCCUUGAUGAAUCCCAUUGUGUAUUGUGUAAAAACUCGGCAGAUUUGA